UAGCCAGAGAAGACAAGGGCAAAAAGCACCAUGAGUGGGGCCCUUGCAGGAGGCAGGCCUGGGAGCCGCGGAGGUUCAGGGGUUCAACAGAACAUACCCUCCACACUCCUCCAUGACCGUGAGAACCAGAGAGUCUUUGAGAUGCUCGGAAGGAAAUGCUGGACACUGGCUACCACAGUUGUUCAGCUGUACCUGGCGUUGCCUCCUGGAGCUGAGCACUGGACCAAGGAGCAUUGUGGAGCUGUGUGUUUCGUGAAAGAUAACCCUCAGAAGUCCUAUUUCAUCCGACUCUAUGGCCUCCAGGCUGGCCGACUGCUCUGGGAACAGGAACUAUACACACAGCUGGUCUACUCCACACCUACCCCAUUCUUCCACACCUUUGCUGGAGAUGAUUGUCAAGCAGGGCUGAACUUUGCGGAUGAGGGGGAGGCCCAAGCCUUCCGGACCCUGGUGUUGGAGAAGAUACAAAAAAGAAAUCAAAGGCAAAGUGGAGAAAGAAGAGGAGGGCUCCCACCCCUGCCUACACAUCCAAGUGGAGACCUAGGAGGCUUGCCAGCUAGCCCACUGUCCUUGGGGCUGGUAACAGUAGACAUCCAGAACCCAGACAUCACGAGUUCACGAUACCGUGGGCUCCCAGCAGCAGGACCUGGCCCAAUUGACAAGAAACGCUCAGGGAAAAAGAAGAUCAGCAAGGCUGAUAUCGGUGCACCUAGUGGAUUCAAACAUGUCAGCCAUGUGGGAUGGGAUCCCCAAAAUGGAUUUGAUGUGAACAAUCUAGACCCAGAUCUCCGGAGCCUGUUCUCCAGGGCAGGAAUCAGUGAGGCCCAGCUCACUGAUGCAGAGACCUCUAAACUUAUCUAUGACUUCAUUGAAGACCAGGGUGGUUUGGAAGCUGUACGGCAGGAAAUGAGGCGUCAGGAGCCAAUUCCACCCCCACCACCCCCAUUUCGAGGAGGGAACCAGCUCCCCCGGCCCUCUAAUCUGAGUGGUAACAAGGGGCGUAUAAGCCCAUUAACUCCUGUACCUUUGGGAGGUAAUUUGCCCCCAGCACCUCGGGGACCCCCACCUCCAAGCCGAGGAGGCCCUCUACCACCACCUCCUCCUGCCAUUGGACGUUCUGGGCCACCCCCAUCCCCAGUCCCUGGAGUUGGAGGCUCACUUCUGCCACCACCACCACCACCACCACCACCACCACCACCACCACCACCACCACCACUUCCGCUCAGCUCUGCAGAUGAUGGACCAGUGGCUCCUCCACCCCUUCCUGCUCUAGGGUCUGGGGGAAGCCUGGCCCCUGGUGCGGGUCGGGGGGCACUUUUGGAUCAAAUCCGGCAGGGAAUUCAGCUGAACAAGACACCAGGGGCCCCAGAGAGCUCAGCAUUGCAGCCACCAUCACAGAACUCAGAGGGACUGGUGGGAGCCCUGAUGCAUGUGAUGCAGAAAAGAAGCAGAGCCAUCCACUCCUCAGAUGAAGGGGAGGACCAGGCUGGUGAUGAGGAUGAGGAUGAUGAUUGGGACGACUGA